CACCCAUGUUCUACAGCAUCAGAGUGAUGGGGGGCUUGGCAAGUGCCCAGGCUGUGAUAGCCUCUUCCUCAGUUGGAGAACAAGAGUUGAUCUGCAAGGUCUCUCUGGGGCCAGUGACCAAAAAUGUGACGAAGAUGAUGAAUGUGUUUGCAUUACCAAAGCCCAUCUUGCAAAUUGGCAGUUCAGAAGUUGUUGUUGGUCAAACGGUGAACAUUACAUGUAGUGCGGAUGGCAGUGCUUCCCCUGGUUUUAAAAUGCAGAUCAGGAAUGCUACCAAAAUAUUAGCAUCCGGCAACGUAGAUCAAGAUUUCCUGCAGCAUGCAGUGAUCGCUCAACAAGAGGAUAAUGGGAGGGAAUUCAUCUGCCAAGUGAUCCUGACCGUUGAUGGGCACACCAAGGAAAGAAACAUAUCUCAAAAUCUCACUGUCUUCUAUGGGCCCCAAAUGGAUGACUCCAACUGUCCCCAGACAUUGACUUGGGAGGAGGGAAGUACGACAACAUUUACCUGCUCAGCCUUGGGAAAUCCCACGCCAAUUGUUCAAUGCUGGAAAGAUGGGAAGUCUUAUAACACUGGGGAGCCACAGCUGGUCCAGACAGAGCAUAAUGGCAUAUAUCAGUGCAAUGCUACUAACCAGUAUGGCUUUGAUGUUAGAGAUGUGACCAUACACGUUGAAGCUCCUCAAUCCAUUGGCCAUAUCAUUGGCUAUAUAAUUGCUGCGGUGCUGGUUAUUGCUAUUGUGGCUGGUAUAGCUUAUUUGGUAAGCUAUAACCAAAAGAUUGGGAUCUACCAUCUGCGGCAGAAAGGGAAGCAACGGCAAUCACCACAAGCUGCUCAAAACUCAGUGGAGCAAAGAUUCCUGAACGGCAAAGCAAAUGUCUAAGCAGACCUGUGUUUACUACAAACUGAAGAACCACUUGUCCCAAUGCCAGCGAGAUUGUAGCUGUGUUCAGUGUUCAUCACUCAACUUAGCUGCAGAGGAAGAGGAUGUUGAUUACAUGCCAUCAAGUCGUUAUUUAUUUAUAUUUAUUUAUUUAAAACACCUGUUGCUGGCCAUCUUUCCACCAGCUCUGGGUGGCUCCCAAUCAAAGAUUAGGGACCACAUUGAUAGAUUUUCUCCAUGAUGUGGAAGAAGAGAUAUGGGAAACUGUUCUUCAGCUCCUGAGCAUUUGAUGGGCAGUGGUCCAACUGGCCUUAGUUUUUGGACUUUGGAGGGGUGAUGAUAGUAACUUCUGCACUUUCAGUGAGUGGCAGUGCUUAGGCCUCCUGUCUUUUUCUGAAGCUCUCCUCUACCAUCUAAGUGGACAUUCAGACUUUUCCUUGAAAAAGCAAUCAGGAACUAAAGGUGGUCUUAAAGUUUUUGGGCUACCUCCAGGAGGAGGCAUUACUGGGAAACCACUAAGAAGUACUGGAAUAGGAAGAGGGUGUCUGCAACACACCGCUUGGGCUUUUCCUGCAAUAAUGGACAACUCAGCCAUAGAGUGUAAAGCAGACAUGUCAAACUCGUGAUGUCACAUGAUGUCGCACAACGUAUCGGGACGGUUUUGCCAUUGCCGACAAUGGGGUGGGGGCAGCUUCCGGAUGACGCGUCUGGCCCACGGGCUGGCAGUUUGACACCCCUGGUGUAAAGCAUCUUCCAGAUUUCUCCUCACACC